AUGGCCUCCCAAGGUUCUGAGACGAUCAACCUCGAGACACUGGAUGUGCAGCAACUAAGCCAGGUCAAAAAACAGUUGGAGGAGGAGUUGGAACACUUGACCUCAUCGUUUGCCCAGCUGCACAGCGCUCAGGCUAAGUUCAGAGAGUGCCUCCGUUGUGUUAAGGCUCGUCCUGGUUCCGAACAGGCCGAGAGAUCGGUACUUGUUCCCCUCACAAACUCGCUUUACGUGCGCGGUGAGCUGUCCGACCCCAAGCACGUAAUUGUCGACGUCGGCACAGGGUUCUAUGUGGAAAAGGCGCAGUCAAGCCUGCUGACUCUGCGAAAACUGAAGGAUACCGAGUCGGCCGAGCGCUUCUACGAUGCCAAGGUCCAACAGCUACAGAGCAACAUACAGGAUCUGGAAAUCAUUGUCCAGCGCAAAACAUCAAACGUCCGAAGUGUUGAGGAUGUUCUGAGACAAAAGGUAGUUCAGAGUCAGGCAGCGUAG